GCUGUCAGCGGCGGGAGCGCGGCGUGCGCGGGGAGCGGGCGGUGAUGUUGGUGCUGGGCUGCGGCGCGGAGUCCGGUAGCCUGAGCGAUCUGCUGGAGGCAGGAGCUGCUGUGAAUGCACCUGCAGAUGCCUUUGGUCAGUCUCCAGCUCACCUGGCUGCCUGCGGUGGGGAAGCCUUCUUCCUACUUUGGCAACUGCAGACGGGAGCGAAUUUAAACCAACAGGAUUGCCUUGGAGAAGCCCCGAUUCAUAAAGCAGCAAGAGUUGGGAGUUUGGAAUGUCUUGCUCUGCUUGUUGCCGGUGAUGCCAAAAUUGACUUGUGCAACAACAGCGGACAAACAGCAGCAGACCUGGCCCUGGCUUAUGGCUUUCUGGAAUGUGCCAGGUUCCUCAGGACAACUCAGCACACUCAGACAAUGAAACUGAGAGGACAGUCUGGCUACUCACCAAGGGACAAUCAUGGCUUGCUGAGAGAGGAUCCAGCUGCACAGAAACAAGAAGGUGGAACCACCAGAUCCACAAGCAGGAAGAGGAGAAGAUCAGGUGAUCUGAUCUCCUGAAAAAUGCCUUGUCAUCCCAAAAUGAAAUCAAGGGGAAUCUGAAGUCUGAAGAAGCAUGACUGGACUGACUAUACAUUGAGCAGCAAGAUGUGUAUGUAUGUGCUCGUACAUUGUCUCCUUCCGAGAAGGAUGAAAGCUCGUUUGUUUUUACUUCUUACAGAAGACUGUUGCGUUGUUGGUGUUUUGUUGGUUGGUUGGGUUUUCUCCCCUAGAACAGUUGUUAUUCAUACAGCUAUAAAUAAAUGGAGUAUAUAACAAUCAA